AUGGGAAAUGGUUCAGUGAAACCCAAACAUUCUAAGCAUCCAGAUGGCCACUCCGGGAACCUCACCACCCAUGCGCUGCGGAGCAAGGUGACAGAGCUGGAGAGGGAGCUGAGGAGGAAGGAUGCUGAGAUCCAGGAGCGGGAAUACCAUUUGAAGGAGCUGCGGGAACAGCUGUCGAAGCAGACCGUGGCCAUUGCUGAGCUCACAGAGGAGCUCCAGAGCAAGUGCAUACAGCUGAACAAGCUUCAGGAUGUGGUGCAUAUGCAGGGAGGAAGCCCGCUUCAGGCCUCUCCAGAUAAAGUGCCUCUUGAGGUCCACCGGAAGGCCUCGGGAUUGGUCUCCCUCCAUAGCCGGAGGGGAGCAAAAGCAGGGGUGUCUGCUGAACCCACCACCCGAACCUAUGACCUCAAUAAACCCCCUGAAUUUUCUUUUGAGAAAGCAAGGGUCAGAAAGGACUCCAGCGAGAAGAAGCUCAUUACAGAUGCCCUUAAUAGAAAUCAGUUUCUGAAGAGACUGGAUCCUCAGCAGAUCAAAGACAUGGUGGAAUGCAUGUAUGGUAGAAACUACCAGCAAGGGAGUUACAUUAUUAAGCAAGGAGAACCAGGAAACCAUAUCUUUGUGCUAGCAGAGGGUCGACUAGAGGUGUUCCAAGGGGAGAGAUUGCUGUCAUCCAUCCCUAUGUGGACCACGUUUGGGGAGCUAGCCAUUUUAUACAACUGUACAAGAACUGCCUCUGUGAAAGCUAUUACCAAUGUUAAAACUUGGGCACUAGAUCGAGAGGUAUUCCAGAAUAUAAUGAGAAGGACAGCUCAAGCUAGAGAUGAACAGUACAGAAACUUCCUCAGAAGUGUAUCCUUGCUGAAGAAUUUACCUGAAGAUAAAUUAACCAAGAUCAUUGACUGCUUGGAAGUGGAAUACUAUGACAAAGGAGAUUACAUUAUUAGAGAGGGCGAGGAAGGAAGUACCUUCUUCAUUUUAGCAAAAGGAAAGGUAAAAGUCACCCAGAGCACAGAGGGUCACGAUCAGCCACAACUGAUAAAAACACUGCAGAAAGGAGAAUACUUUGGAGAAAAAGCUCUAAUCAGUGAGGAUGUCAGAUCAGCUAACAUCAUCGCCGAAGAAAAUGAUGUCGCAUGCCUGGUUAUAGAUCGAGAGACAUUCAACCAAACAGUUGGGACUUUUGAAGAACUCCAAAAAUACCUUGAAGGGUAUGUGGCAAACCUAAACCGUGAUGAUGAGAAAAGACAUGCAAAGAGAUCCAUGUCUAACUGGAAGCUGUCCAAAGCACUCUCUCUGGAGAUGAUUCAGCUGAAGGAGAAGGUUAAAGUGAAAAAUGAGAAUGUGGCUUUUGCUAUGAAGUGUAUAAGGAAGAAGCACAUUGUUGACACUAAGCAACAGGAGCACGUUUACUCAGAAAAGAGGAUUCUAGAAGAGUUGUGUUCUCCCUUCAUCGUGAAAUUGUAUCGUACUUUCAAGGACAAUAAGUAUGUGUACAUGCUUCUGGAGGCCUGCUUAGGUGGGGAGCUAUGGAGUAUAUUAAGGGACAGAGGCAGCUUUGAUGAGCCCACCUCCAAGUUCUGCGUGGCUUGUGUGACAGAAGCCUUUGAUUACCUGCACCGACUGGGUAUUAUCUACAGAGACCUGAAACCAGAAAACUUAAUUCUAGAUGCUGAGGGUUAUCUUAAAUUGGUUGACUUUGGAUUUGCUAAGAAAAUAGGAUCUGGACAGAAAACGUGGACGUUCUGUGGAACUCCAGAGUAUGUAGCUCCUGAAGUCAUUCUCAACAAAGGACAUGACUUCAGUGUGGAUUUUUGGUCCCUGGGAAUUCUAGUGUAUGAGCUCCUCACUGGCAACCCUCCCUUUUCCGGGAUUGACCAAAUGAUGACCUACAAUUUGAUUCUCAAAGGAAUUGAAAAAAUGGAUUUUCCCAGAAAGAUAACAAGAAGGCCUGAGGAUUUGAUUCGCAGGCUUUGCAGGCAAAAUCCAACGGAGAGACUUGGAAAUCUGAAGAAUGGAAUCAAUGACAUUAAGAGACACAGGUGGUUAAAUGGUUUUAAUUGGGAGGGACUGAAAGCACGGAACCUUCCAUCACCUUUACAAAGAGAGCUCAGUGGACCCACAGACCACAGCUACUUUGACAAGUAUCCCCCUGAAAAGGGUGUGCCUCCAGAUGAGCUGUCAGGCUGGGAUAAAGACUUCUGA